AUGGCAGACUUCUCGCAUUACGGAGGUGUAUCAUCGGACUGGGAACGGGUGAUUGCUGCAAUUCCUCCGGAGCAACUCGCGGGGGCAAUACCUGUCGCAGUAACUCUCGACGAGCCGUUUCUCCUGAAGGUGCAGGAGAAAACAAAUCGAGAGAGGGCGGCUCGUGCGCAAAGUGCUCUGAAAGUCUUGGAGACGGUCAGGACGAAUGAUUACACCUGCUCCACAGUCGACAAUGUGAGCGUGCCAAUCCGUGUCUAUCGGCCUGCGUUGAAACAGAAUGGCAAGGCUCUCCCUGUCUACAUCUGGUUUCAUGGGGGCGGAUUCCUCUUUGGCUCACUCGACGGAGAGAACGCCCAUUGCACCCAGAUCGUCCUUGAAAAUGCUGUUAUUGUCGUCAACAUCUGCUACAGACAUACUCCACAAUGGAAAUGGCCCACUCAGCAUCGAGACGCAAUGACGGCGGUCGAUUGGGUGUUUGAAAAUAUGCUCAUACUCGGUGGAGAUGAAAGCAAAGUCAUCAUCGCGGGGCGAUCUGCUGGUGCUCUUGUCGCUGCCAGUACGGCACUUGGGGAUUUGAGGGCUGUAAGUUUGCACGGGAGAUCCAGAUUCUGUGGACAAAUCCUCGACAUCCCCUGGCUGUGUCACUCAGCAGCUUUCCCUUACGAGGCGAUUGCGCAAGGGAAAGACUCGUAUUCUGAAAAUCUCACAGCACCAAUCCUGCCGGGGGAUCUGCUUCACCUGUUCGAGACGCUGGUAACUCCAGAUCCAAUGGAUUCGACCUUCAAUGUCCUGCUCGCCGAAGACCAAGCACUCGAGGGCGUGCCGCCUACGCACUUCCACAUAGCAGGGCGGGAUAUGCUGCGAGAUCAAGGCAUCCUUUAUCAGCAAAAGUUACAGCGAUGCGGGGUUUCGACAACCAUCAAUAUAUACUCUGGUGUGCCACAUGGGUUCAUGUUCCUCGGUGAUCUCGAAGCAAGCCAGCAAUGGGCUAGAGACCACCGCGAGGCUAUACACCUGCUCCUCCGAUAUGUCCAAGGACGACCAAGCGAGUAG